ACAGGGACGACAGCGCGGGCCGAUACAGGGCAGUUUACGAGCUCCGAGCCGUCAAGUCGGGCCCAAUCACAUAAGGAGCAGGAACGGGAGCUGCAGCCAUGUUCCUCCUUGACUGGGUGUAUAGUGCGCUCGCCUCAUUAGUGCUUUCCGCCCCUUCUGUUCAUCUGGCAGGCCUUUAUCACAAGAGCGCCAAGAUUUUGUUCUUGGGCUUGGACAAUGCCGGGAAGACGACGUUGCUGCACAUGCUUAAAGAAAACAGGGUUCAAGUCCAUCAGCCCACUAUUCACCCGAACACGGACGAGCUCAUUAUUGGUAAAAUUCGAUUUAAGACGUUUGACUUGGGCGGACACGAGACGGCGCGCCGGCUAUGGAAGGACUACCUUACCACCGUGGAUGGUGUGGUGUUUAUAGUAGACGCUUUGGACCAGGAGCGUUUCCCCGAGGCCAAGCGUGAGCUAGAUAGCCUGCUCACGAGCGACGAGCUCGCUCACGUCCCUUUCUUGGUGCUCGGAAACAAGAUCGACGUCCCUCGCGCCGUUUCAGAGGAGCAGCUUCGAUAUGCGCUUGGCAUGCAGAAUACGUACGGAAAAGAUUCUUCAGGCGGGGAGAAGCAGCCGGGCGUACGGCCUAUCGAGCUGUACAUGUGCUCUGUGAUCAAGCGGAUGGGGUACGCGGACGGCUUCAAGUGGCUGGCGCAGUUCCUGUAAAUUUAUGGGCAUAAGGGACGGAAGGUGGGCAGGCGUGGCAAAUGAUAGGGAGAGGAUUCAGUGGGCGACUCGCUGUCGGUCGGUCGAGGCGAACGGACGGAGCAAGUGGGGGCCGGAGCCGGUUUGGAGUGCUUGGAAAGUGGGGGGGAGAAGAUAGGGUGGAGAGCAGGUCGCAGAGGACGAGCGGCGGGGAAUGAAACCCUUGCAAGGUCUUCAGGCGUGCACACUGACCGCCCUGUCUCCAGUGGGAUGUUUGGUGGAGGCGCACAACCCGUCGCGCGGGUAUGUAUGGAACCUUGGUCCUCUGCCGUACUUCCAGUCGCUCUCUUUUCCUGUCGGGGCAGGAGUUUUGUCUUAUCGAGAGGUGGGAACAGGAAGGGAGGGGUUCGCUUGAUAGUGGAGGGAUAUUGGGGCACGUUGUUAGGCGAGGCAGGCUGAGUGCAGAAGGGGGAAGAGGAGGGGAGGCCGAAGGGACAGGGUGAGAUGUAAGACAGGACAAGGCAGGCCUGGAUUGAAGAUAACGCCGAAACAACAAGAUGAAAUGGAGAGCAGCGGGA